CUCAAAGCCCUCGCGGCGUAUGGCGGCCUCGAGCUUACGGCGCCCGAGUUUGAGUACGGGAAGGACAACAAGACCCCCGAGUUCCUCGCGAAGUUCCCCUUGGGCAAGAUCCCCGCUUUCGAGGGCGCAGAUGGCUUCCAACUUUUUGAGCUCAUCGCCAUUGCGCGUUACAUCGCGUCGCAGUCACCCCAGGCGGACCUCAUCCUCGGCUCGGAUAUCGUGACCAAGGCACAGGUCGACCAAUGGAUCUCCUUCGCCCAGAAGGAGAUCCUCGCCCCGCUCAUCAAUAUCCACCAGCUCUGCAGGGGGAUCAUCAAGCCGUACUACAAGCCCCUCCACACGCAACAAGCCGAGGCGCAGUUCCGCGCGCUCGACGUGCUUGAAAAGCACCUCGUCGCACACACCUUCCUCGUCGGCGAGCGCAUUACCCUCGCCGACAUCAUCCUCGCCGGCGCCAUCAGCUUCGCCGUCCAGGUCACCCUCGACCCGCCGGCGCGCGCCAAGUACCCGAGCGUCAUCCGCCACUUCGAGACCGUCAUCCGCCAAUCCCAGUUCGCGCCCAUCUUCGGCGAGCCUAAGUACGCGGACAAGCCGCUGGCGUACACCCCUACCAAGACCAAAUAG